CUAACACUCUUGAAAGUGACCAGACCUUCCCUUCUCUCUGGCACAAAGCAAAGCGUACCAACUUUAAUUCGAUCCUCUGUGAAUGGGUAACAGUGAUCUUGGAGGGAGCAGUAGGAACCCAAACCGCCUGCUCUCAGGGAGCUUUCCAUUCCAGAUGGAGAAGGCAGACCAUUGCAACAUGGGGUGUCCGAGUUUACAUAACUAAAGGCAUGAAGGAAAAGGGAAGCGAGGUGAGGGAUAGCACGGGGUUGCUCUUCUGGACAAACUGGAACGGCCCAAGCAGCCUGCUGGGGCAGCAGGUGCGCCCCGGGGUGGCCUGCGGUUGGCCUGUGAGAAUUCUCUCCUGUAGAAAAAUUCCAGUCCUCGCCUUCUCGCCCACUCCGCAUGACCUUCUAAUGAGCAGGGCGGUCUCCCCAAAUGCCAUUUGAAAGGCAGCCAUAUCGUGAGAAAUAACAUCUUUAAAAACGAAGCCUUCGCAAAACGCAUGUCUGAUAUAAGGCUCGUAUCCAAAUAUGCAAACAACUCUUCCAGCUCAACCAUAAGGAAACAACCUAAUUAAAAAUCGGGCAAAAUCCGAGCAGACAGCUCACCGAAGAUACACAGAGAGCAAAGAGGCUCACGAAAAGACGCUCGGAAUCAUUCGUCACUAAAUAAUUGCCAAUAAGAACAAUGAGAUGCCACCACACGCCCAGGAGAAUGACCCAAAUCAGGAGCGUGCCGGCACCACGUGCGGGCGAGGACGUGGGGCACGGGACUCUCGUUCGUGCCACGCACCACGGGGCAGCCGCUUUGAAGCCACUUUGGUGGCUUCUUACAGAACUAAAUACAGUCUUUCCGAUGAUCUAGCAAUUGUGCUCCUAUUUAUCUGAGGCGUCUGAAAACGUACAUCCACCAACAACCUACCCAAGGUGUUUAUAGCAGCUUUCUUCAUAAUUGCCAGGGAGUGGAAGUGACCGAGGUGCCCUCCAGUGGGUGAAUGGAUAAAUCAAGUGUGGUGCAUGCAGACAAGGGGAUAUCAUUCAGCACGAAACGGAAAUGAGCUACGGAGCCAUGAAGACACGGAGGAAACUUAGAUGCACAUCACUGAGUGAAGGAGACCAAUCUGUAUCUUCAACUCCAUCGAAUGGGAGUCCUGAAUUUUGUGUGGCAAACUUCCCUACAGAAGGGGCAUCUCUGCUGGCAAGAAGCUUUGGUGUGGGAAGGCCUACAGAGGACGAAGUAGAAGAACUGCGGCUCUCAGACUGGUUUAACCCUAGAAAACGCCCUGAUGUUGUAACGACCACAGACUGGCUUGCUCCGGUCAUAUGGGAAGGCACUUUCAAUAGACAGGUCCUGGAAGAAUACUACGGAAGACAGAACCUCACCAUAGGCUUGGCUGUCCUUGCUACUGGCAGGAUUGCAGACCAGUACCUGGAGCUGUUCAUACAAUCGGCCAGUAAGCACUUCAUGACCGGCUACAGAGUUAUCUUUUACAUCAUGGUGGAUGCCUUCUACAGGCUGCCUAACCUGGAGCCCGGUCCUCUGCAGACGGUCCAAGUACUCAACAUCAGAGGACACGAUGCGGAUGACUUUCACCUCAUGCGCAUGAAGAACUUAGCUGUGCACAUAGUAGGGCACAUUCAGGACGAAGUUGACUUUCUCUUCAGCAUGAUGGCCAAUAGAGUCUUCCAGAAUGACUUUGGGGUGGAGACCCUGGGCACGUCCGUGGCUCAGCUCCAUGCCUGGUGGUACUUUAAAAACACGGAGAACCUCCCUUACGAGAGGAGGCCCGGAUCCGCGGCGUGCAUCCCUUUGGGACAGGGGGACUUCUACUAUGAUGGCACUGUCAUUGGUGGCACGCCCCUGGAGAUUUUAAAUUUCAUCAAAGAAUAUCUGGACGGGAUUAUGCGCGACAAGGAAAAUGGGCUGAACAGCACCUACGAAAGACAUCUGAACAAGUACUUUUUCAUCCACAAGCCCACCAAGCUGCUGUCUCCGGAGUACAGCUGGGACACGGUGCUGUGGCCCCCAGCCCAGGUCUGGUUGGUCAAGGCAGCACGGUGCUUGGAGAGGGCCUUCUGACUCACCAGCUUCUCCUGUGGACGGGCCGACUGCGUAGACACGGAUUCCUGAGCAAAGAGGGCGUCCUAAAGCUCUCCUGGUUUCCGGGGUGUAAACGUUGAUGCCAUCCAUCCGCAGGAAAUGUUUCUCCUCGCAGUUGUGAACCGUCCAGUUUGGUCCAUGCAGGAUAAAGAAUAAAAACGAUUAAUGUUUAAUCACA